AUGAUGCAGCUGCUUUUGGGUGAUGCAGUCUCUUCCAGAAGCAUCACCCACUGCAUCACCCACUGCAUCAUCCACUGCAUCACCCACUGCAUCACCCGCUGCAUCAUCCACUGCAUCACCCUCUGCAUCACCCACUGCAUCAUCUGCUGCAUCACCUGCUGCAUCACCCACUGCAUCACCCACUGCAUCACCUGCUGCAUCACCCACUGCAUCAUCACCCUCUGCAUCACCCACUGCAUCACCCACUGCAUCACCCACUGCAUCAUCUGCUGCAUCACCCACUGCAUCACCCACUGCAUCAUCCACUGCAUCACCCACUGCAUCAUCCUCUGCAUCACCCACUGCAUCACCCUCUGCAUCACCCACUGCAUCACCCGCUGCAUCAUCUGCUGCAUCACCUGCUGCAUCACCCACUGCAUCACCCACUGCAUCAUCCACUGCAUCACCCUCUGCAUCACCCACUGCAUCAUCUGCUGCAUCACCUGCUGCAUCACCCACUGCAUCACCCACUGCAUCACCUGCUGCAUCACCCACUGCAUCACCCUCUGCAUCACCCACUGCAUCAUCACCCUCUGCAUCACCCACUGCAUCACCCUCUGCAUCACCCACUGCAUCAUCUGCUGCAUCACCUGCUGCAUCACCCUCUGCAUCACCCACUGCAUCACCCUCUGCAUCAUCUGCUGCAUCACCUGCUGCAUCACCCACUGCAUCACCCACUUCAGGUCCCCUGGGACACCCCCUCUGGUCCCAGAGGUGUGUGCCAGCCCCCGUGCCCUCGGCAAUGCCACGGGAUGUGGGGUCACACAGACACCUGCUCCAUCCCUCACUCCCGGUGCCCCGGGCCGGGGCGAGCUGCUGCCCCAGCCUGGCUAA